AAAAUCAUAAGCACAUUUGCAGCAUGGCAGGCUGUGUGCUCUUUCUGCUAUUUGGACUCCUUCUCUUUCUUCUUCUUUUCCUUGGACCCCGAAGGCCCAAAAACUUUCCCCCUGGUCCAGCGGCCAUCGCUUUGUUUGGGAAUGUACUUCAGCUGAGCAUGAGCAACCCAAUGGAGGACCUGGACCGGCUGGCUAAGCACUAUGGGAAUGUGUUCAGUCUGUACAUCGGCAGAAAACCAGCAGUGGUACUGCAUGGCCUGCGUGCUGUAAAGGAAGCCCUCGUAGUGCGUGCUGCGGACUUUGCUGGCAGGCCACAGGGACUGAUGGUGAAUCAUGUCACAGAGAACAAGGCUCCAGGUCUUGUCAUGGCUAAUUAUGGUGCUGUUUGGAAAGAGCACAGACGCCUUGCACUGACAACCAUGAAGAACUUUGGACUGGGGAAACAGUCAAUAGAGGAAAGGAUUCUUGAGGAGACCACAAAUAUCUGUCAACACUUUGAGAGUAGUUCCGGAAAACCCAUAGAUCCACAGCCCUUGAUCCACAGUGCUGCUUCCAACAUCAUUAGUUCUAUGUUAUUUGGAACACGAUACAGCUACGAUGAUGAAGUCCUUUCUUUCAUUGUCAACAGCUUCAAAGAAAAUGCCAGGAAAGCCAAUAGUGCCUGGGCCGUGAUCUAUGAUUCCUUUCCCUUCCUGAGACACUUGCCACUACCCUUUCGGAAAGUCUUCGAGAACUAUAAGGCCCUCAAAAAUCACACCAGGGGUGUUGUUGCUGAACAUAAGAAGACAAGGAUCCCAGGAGAGCCACGAGACGUCAUUGACUGCUAUCUUGAUGAAAUGGAAAAGAGGGGAAGUGAGGGCACUUCACUGGAUGAGGACAGGUUGGUUAUGUUCCUGCUGGAUCUCCAUUUCGCAGGGACAGACACCACUUCCAACACUAUCCUCACAGCUCUUCUCUACCUCGCCACCUACAGAGAUGUGCAGGUUGUCUGUCAGCAGGAGAUUGACUCAGUACUCCAGGCAAAAGAACAUGUCUCAUAUGAGGACAGACUGCAGAUGCCCUUUGUGCAGGCCACCAUCCAUGAGCUCCAGCGUCUGGCUAACAUUGCGCCGCUGGGCGUCUUCCAUGCCACCACCAGGAACACCCAGCUAAUGGGCUACGACAUCCCUGAGGGCACCCUGGUCAUUACCAAUCUUACAUCUGUUCUGUAUGAGCAAGGUCAGUGGGCACAACCAAAUGACUUCUACCCCUCACACUUCCUGAAUGAACGAGGUGAAUUUGUGAAGCCUGAGGCCUUUCUGGUAUUUUCUGCAGGUCCUCGUGUAUGUCUGGGAGAAGCUUUGGCCCGUAUGGAGCUCUUCCUGAUUCUGGUCACGCUUCUCUGGCGUUUUCACUUCAUGUGGCCCAAUGACUGCGGGGUACCUGACCUCCGGCCUGUGUUUGGAGGGAUACAAGCCCCCAAGCCCUUACAGACUGACUGUCAUACCAAGGAGAAACAAGGGCGACCCUUUGGAUUCUUGAUCAGCCAUCAGCUGAAUUUAAUAUAA